UUUCUCUCUCUCUCGUUUCUCUUCCAUCCCAUCUAAAUUUCUUUGUAAGACUAAAAUAAAAUGAAGAAAAAGAAGCGUAAAAACAAACUGGGGCGUAGCGGUGGAUUCGAACACAGGUCCAGAAGCGGAUGAGUGAGUUCUCAAGCCAUCACCAUAUAAAUUUCUUUGUACAAUUAAAAUAAAAUGAAGACAAAGAAACGGGGCAGAGUGGUGAUUCGAAUACUGGUCAGGAAGUUGAUGGGUUUUCGAAAUUCGAAAUUUCGCUCCAAUGACUCAGAGAGGUAACCGUAACAACAAGAAGAGGAAGACGGUGCAGUAUCGUGGAAUGCCUCCAGGUUUCACACCAGGAACUCGUGAUGUCCCUUUUGGUCCAUUGACUGCUGAUGAACAUAAUAAUGGCAAAGCUGUGGUCGAAGAUGAGGGCUCUGAUGAAGCUCCUGAAGAGUUUGAAUCAUUCUCAGGUUGCUCAAGGAAAGGAGGACCAUGCCUCAAGAGGAUAAAUACCUUAAAGAAACCUAAUCUCAUGUCUAUGUCUACUUGGACAGCUGAAGAGUAUGCCAAAUAUGAUGCUUACCUCAUCAAGAAAUGGCAGAUCAGUGGAUGGUGCGAUGAUGACAGUUUUUAUGUGGGCGCUAGAGAUUUUCACUCCCCUGCUGCAGUUGCUGCUCGUAAAUUCCACAAAUUUGAGCGCAUCAUCCAUGGAAGGAUAAUCUCUAAACCUCCUCAUAACACUCCCUUGCCUGAUCUUUCCCGCAUGCAUAAGUGGACACCUCAUGAAUAUGACCUGUAUGAUCUGUCUCUCAUGAACAAGUGGAGAAUCUCUGGCUGGGAUGAAAACGAAGCUACAUAUGCUAGUACUCGAGACAGGUCAACUCGCAUCUUUAUGAUGGCUGAAAACAUGAAGAAAACAAACAGCAUGCGUGAUCUUCCCACCCCAGCUUCUAAGACUGCUCAAAGCCAGGGGAAAAGAAAGGAACGUAAGUGAACUCUUUCGUAUCCACUCCCUUUCGAAUAAAGGAAAAACUUUUCCCACAUGAUACUCUUUUACAUCAUUUGCGUUACUUCUUUCAGUACUUUUGUUGGAUUUGAAAACAUGAUUCGAGUCAAGAAGUAUUGACUUGUCUUGUUUUGCUUUUGGUUUGUUUGCCAACAUUUAAUAACAUCUUGGACAACGUGUGUCAAAAAUUAUGACUCAAUCUUUUUCUAUUCUAUUGUCCAUUAGAGUUGUUAUGAAACGUUUAUUAAUUAAGAAGUGAUGCAUGAAUCAACUAAACGCCUAACUUGACACAUGAGCUAUUAAUAGAAUUUAUUUUAAUUAUACUAUUACUAUAAGAUAAUCAUUGUUUAACCGACUAAACCCCUAAUUUUUGGUAAAACGUUUAUUAAUUAAGAAGUGAUGCAUGAAUCAACUAAACCCCUAACUCGACACAUGAGCUAUUAAUAUAAUUUAUUUUAAUUAUACUAUUACUAUAAGAUAAUCAUGCUUAAUCUUCUAAACCCCUAAUUUUUGGUAAAACGUUAGUUACCACACUCUCAUUUCAUUAAAGCUGUUUCUCGCCUUCCUUUUCGAAAAGUAAGGAAAUUGGGUUUCCAGGUCUAUAUGGGAUGGGGAUAUUUCUUUGGGGAAAAUGGUAAUCACAACAUUCUUCCACUUUCGAGAGAUCUUCUUUGCUUGGACGAAGUCAUGGGUAAACGAAUCCUUAAGAAGCAGAUUCAAAGGCUUUUGCUAGAACUAAGUUGACCUUUUACGUGCGUGCCAACACCCGUUAUGUUAGAGAUUAUGUUUUACUAUCUGACCACUAUACGAAAUCAAAAAC